UCCUUGUAUUUAUACAGUGUUUUGUCAGUGAGAGCUCACUGAUUGUCUUCAUCAUGACCAUCAUCUCUCUGCUCCUGCUGGCCUCUCUGCUGCCACACCUGACCUUCACUGCUCAUGUGAAUGUGGGUAUAGUGAAUGGCACAGAGGCAAAACCCCACUCCAGACCUUACAUGGUUUCUCUUCAGAAGGACAACAGACAGCAUAAGUGUGGUGGAUUCCUCAUUUCUGAUAGAUUUGUCAUGACUGCUGCACACUGCAGGAAGAAAAAUGAGACACUGACAGCUGUGAUCGGUGCGCAUGACCUAACAAAGAGUGAAGGGUCUGUCCGCAUUGGUGUGAGUCCUACCACAAGCAUCCAGACUUUAAAAGAUCACACUUUGCAGAACGACAUUAUGCUUUUGAGGCUAGAGAAAGAAGUCGAACAAAACGAGAUUGUCAAGAUAAUUUCCAUACCAACACAAGAGGGAGACAUCAAACCUGAUUCUGUCUGCAGUGUCGCCGGCUGGGGAAGACUGAGUCUUAAAGGGAAAAAGAGCAAACGUCUCAUGGAAGCAGAUGUGAAGAUCAUGAAUAACACAGAAUGCAAAAAUAAAUGGAAAAAAAAAUACUCAGCCUCAGAGAUGAUGUGUGUCUAUGGCCAUGGAGGAAGCUGUAGUGGGGAUUCAGGAGGUCCUUUGGUUUGUGGAGACACUGCAGUCGGUGUCACUUCCUUUGGUGGUGGAAAAGAAUGCAACAGUCGUGAACGACCUGAAGUUUAUACAAAGAUUUCAGCAUAUCUUCCAUGGAUCCACUCCAUAAUUGCAAAUGUUAAGUGAUUUUUGCAAUGAGAUAAGAAAUAAGUAUUUGUUUAAAUGUUCAAUAAACAAAUCUAUGAAGCAUCAA